CAGGUUAGGUUGCGCAGUGAUGGCGGCCGCACGGGAACGUCGGGGGCCCUCCGAUCCGCUUGAACCGUCGCCGUGAAGGAAAGGGUUUGUUUGAUGGCCGAGACAUGCACAGCGCGGGCUCCUUCUCCGUGCAGCAGAUCCUGAGCCUGGGCCUGAUCCCUCGGGCGGGCAACGCCACCUGCCCCAGAAACAUCACCACCUCCUUAUGCGAAUUCUCCGAAAUGUGGUAUGGAGUGUUCCUUUGGGCUUUGUUAUCCUCUGUUUUUAUCUACGUUCCUGCUGGGUUGCUGGGAUUCGUCAUGCUCCGGCACCACAAAUAUGGACGUUUCAUAUCUUUGGGUAUCAUCGGAGGCAUCCUGGGACCCAUCAUUGCAGCAGUGUUGACGAGUGCAGCUAUAGCAGGUGUCUACCGGGCUGCCGCAAAGCAAAUGGUGCCUCUUGAAGCGCUGGUGCUGGGAAUAGGACAGAUAUUUUUCGUUGUUGCCAUUGCCUUCUUACGAAUUUUAGCGACUUUGUAGCAGAGGCAUUCUGCUUGUUUGCAAGGUCCAGGCAAACUGAAGCCCAAGUUUCACAACUUCACUAAACUUGUGGUAGAUGUGGAGAAGAUGCACCUGUACUUUUGCAGAAUCCAACCAAGUCCCAUGUCAAUCAUUGCUGCUCAUUCAACACAGGAACUGGCAACGAGCUGCAAUCCAGGCUUCUGCGGUGUGUUAGAAGAACAAAGGAUGCACAUAUUAAUUUUGUUGCUACAUUUGCUUAAGUAUUGAGAUCUGUUCUUAUUAAAACUCAAAGCAAAAAAAAGGUGACACUCGGAUUAAAAGUAGGGCAUCACUUUUGCACACGUUUUCAAACUUUUUAAAAGAAACUGUACAGUUUUUUUCAAGUUAAAGACUACUCUAGAGUAUGCAUGUUUAUUGUAUUAUGACAGUAAAAGCCACUUCAAGUCUUUUUAGUUUGUUAAAAGGAAUUCAGAACUUGUCACAUUUGAAUUGUGCCCAUUGUAUCUAAAUGCUUCACCAAUUAUGGUAAAAGAGUCAGGCAAGUCAAACGGAAGUGCUACCAAAGGCAAGGCCAGGUAAGUAUAUAAUCUGAAGGUAUUCCAGCUUUCUACAGCUUAAACAAGGUGAACAAGAUCAGUCAUACCAAUAUUGGACUCUCCUGUGUCCAGUAGUUUGCAUAGGAAUAUACAGAACUGGAAUAAAGUAUUGCAGCUCAUCUGCUCAGUCCUACCAUUUGAAAAUCUGGUGCCCAAGAAUUCUCCCUUGCUGUAAUUUAUUCCAUUAUUUACAGCUCGUUAGUUUGCAAACUACUUUUUAGAAAUUACUGAAUUGUUAUAUUUGACGGUUAAAUGGCCACAGUGAAUACCUAACAAUCAUUCUAUUACCACAGAUAACUAUGCCUCAUAGUAGAAUCACUGCAGCCAGACAACUACUAUGAUUCUGAUGGUAAAUAUGCUAUUUAUUCACCACCCUUUCUCAUUGUACAGAAAACAAAAAGAAAAUAUCUAGAUUAAUAACUGAUAAAGAUGGUGGCGUGUUUGUGUUUUCAGCAGUUUUCCCAAGAGCCAAAAUUAGGGCCCAAGCCAGACCUUAUAUAUUCUGGUCCUACCAUAGAUUUUUAAGAGGAACUGAUACAUUAAGAGUGUGACUUUCUUAAGAGUUCAGAAUUACUACUGCAAGUUUUUUUUGCUGAGCCAAUGAAUGAAAUGUCAUCCCCAUCUGUAGCUAAUCACCUGGUCUUUGUGAUUGACUUUUUAACGAAGACACAGUAUUUGUCCAGACAAUGUGUGAAUAUCAUUCUUAAUUUUCAUUUCCAACUUCCAACGAGCUAAUAUCUAUUGGGUAAGGUCUGCCAUAGACUAACUGAAUUUAUACACAGUUCACUUGUGCCAAUCUUAAUUAAUUUUUAGUACUUGUUUAAAUCAAAAACAAGAGAAUGUUCUUGCAUUUAUAGCAGACAAUCCCAUCAUUUCUUUUCAUUGUGCUUUUUCAUAUUAAUCCUGACAUUGGAGUGUUCAGCUGUUUGUGGCCAUUCUCUCCCUUGUAAACCUCUGACAAGAAUCUGAGUUUGGCACAUGGUAAAAAGUUGCAUCUCAAAGUGCUUUGGUGUUUCUGUACUUGUCAUGGUUUGAUUGAUCAUUAUUAAUUUUCAUUCGACAAAGUUUCCUGGCAUGCGAGACAGUUGCCCCUGUAACACUCAGCACUUCCUCUGAUGUCUCCAGUGGAAUCAGCUUUCAUAUUCCCUUAUGUCCACAACAUGAUUUAACAGCAGAGUGAGGUAUAGCAGUGGAGUAUUUAUCUACUCCCUCAACUUCCUGCUUGUGCUCAACCCCAAGGCUUGCUUCUCACUGCAGUCACCAUUUACUCUGGACUCAGCAUCUGUUCCAGUUGAAUUCAACAGUUUCCUCUGUUGAGCUCCAGUGAUCCCAUUUUUUCUUUCUCUACUCUCGCAUAUACGAUUGAUAAUACAUUAGUCUUGCACAGACCACUUGACUAGCUUGUUUUUAAACGAAAUACCCAUUGUAAACUGAAUAUCCAAUGAGCAGCAAUGGAAUAUUAAGUCCACAAGACUUUUGUUUUUGCCUUUUCCAGUUGUUAUGAGGUCUUUGUCGCUCAUAACUAAACUGGUUAUUAAACUAAACAUAAUAAUCCACAGUUCCCUAAUGUAUCCUUUUUAAUGGUAACACAUUUUCAUGCACUUUUGUAAUUCAUUACUGAUUUGCUUAUGGAGUAAUGUAUAGGUAAUAUUAGUGAUAUUAAUAGUGCUCUGUGCAGCACAACAUAGAAACCUGCCAUACUGUGCCUACUGUCAUUUAUAUAUUAUACAGCAAAUUUAGUCUGGGUGUUCAAAAGUUUUUGGUAGCACCCUGUUUGUCGUUGAUUGUCUUAAGUUUAGGCAAAAACAUUCAAUAAUUGUCAUCUGCUUUUAUUGUACGCCUGACUCCUUUCGAGUAUUUACACAACUGGUAUGUUUAAAUAGCACAUAUUAAUCGAAAUGUAUCUUUAACCGGUAACUUUUCUAAAUGAGCAGUCAUGGUUUGGCAAAACCUAGGUUCAACUGACUAUGUUUGAUUGGUCUAUAAACGUGGUGGGUUUUAACAAUGUGAAUUGAAAGUUAUUAUGGGUUUUUACUGCUGUGUAAUGAUCAAACGUUUGUCUUGAAAUUUAUAUUGUUGGGGAAAUCAAAAUUUUAUUUUUCUACUUACAUGGCUAAUUUUGGUGACAUUUGCUGGUAAAUAUAUUUAUAAAAAAAUAAAUUUUGUUAAAUUGAUUGGAA